ACCAUCGGCUUCGGCGACUACGUGGCGCUGCAGCGGCACGACGCCCUGCAAAAGGAGCCGCGCUACGUGGCCUUCUGCUUCGUCUACAUCCUGACGGGCUUGACGGUCAUCGGCGCUUUCCUCAACUUGGUGGUGCUGCGCUUCCUCACCAUGAACGCCGAGGAUGAGCGGAGGGACGCCCUGAGGCACGGGGCCCCGCCGGGCAACGGCAAGCCCGGUUCGGAGAUAACGUGCCUGGUGCCGCCCGCCGCCUCGGCGCCGUCCACGCCCAAGGCUAAAGACGUCUACGCGGAGGUGUUGCACUUCCAGACCAUCUGCUCAUGCCUGUGGUACCGCAGCGAGGGCAAGCCGCGCGGCCGUUCCGACGCCGUUCCCCGUGAGCUCGGCUUCUCUGACGCUUACCUGCCGCGGGACAGGACGCGUUACGUCGAGACGGCAUCCACGGGUUGUGUGUGUACGCCGCGCCGGCGCUCCAGGAAGCGCCUGGACAUUCUCUCACCAUUCCGGAUGUUUAUGAGACGCAGUUCAGUGUAGGGGCAAAAGUACCCCAAAAAGCGGACCGCUCAUGCGAGGUGGAAGAUUUCGACUUGUGGUGCUAAGCAAACAAACGUGCAGUGAACUUGAUCGUUGGACUGCUGGUCUUCUACAGGUGCAGGCUACAAACUGAAAUCGUAAAAUUUGUGGUCUCCGAGAGGACGACGACCGACAAGCAACAAAGUUGCAGUGAUGCAGUGUCCUGAAUUGAGAAGACACAACAACAACAACGAUUUAAAAACAUUUGAAACAGGUCUCCAGAGUCUCUGAGAUGCUGUUUCAAUGAUAUCCAUCCAGUGGAUAUCACAUACGACUCGGAAUAAAGAGCAGAGAUGCC